AUGCCGGGCCUCUGCAUCCAUGUGAACAACAAAAGACGGUUGUUUCAUAGCACUCUAUGCGAGGCUGUCCGCCUUCAUGUUUUUCGUCAGUGGCACAUGAAUGAUCUCCGAAGUUCUAAAACGCUGCUCAGUGUACAGUCAAAGCUUAGCCGCAUCGGAGGGGUCCCGCAGCCACAUAACGCCGGAGCCAUAAAGAACACCCGACUCCCGUACUCUUCCACUGUUGACUGCGAAGGGUCUCCACCGUCUCACCAGCCGGAGCAAUCACAUGCUCCUCCUACGCACGAGCACUCUCAACAAUCGAGACAAACCCUAGGGAUCCCAAUGAUUUACAUAUUCGGUAUCGGCUGCUGCUCCACCGUCCUCAAGCAGAGCCACCAGAAACUCCGAAACGGAAGAGGAAGAGCACCACCAAAAGUAAACCGGACGCCAUCUAUUCCGACAUUAAGCUCUGACGCCCAAGGAAAGGGCGCCGUUGGUCGGAAGAUCACCCCAAACGCAAUCUCGAAAGUUUUUAGGAGAGAAGAGGGGCGCGCGGGGAAAAGCAGCCACUAAUGCGUGUUCGAAUCACAGACUUAAAUUGCACAAGCACUUGAUCACUUUUAUAACGAAAACCGAAAGUGUCUUGUGACCUGAAUGCACACAGAAUCUUCUUUAACGAGGAAGGUGAUCCUAAUAUUGUUGCUUUCAUAAUAUUUAGGGUCCCUAAUAUUUAGCAUGUUGAUUUCAUAAUAUUUAGGCCCAAUGAUUAAUACAUCUGUCUUUGGAUACCAAAAUGUAAUUGCUUGAUUGUAAACAACACUUGCAAUACAUUAUAAUAAGAGCAUCUCCAACC